UAUUGAAGCAAGUCUCGCUUGUCCCGAAUAAAAACAGAGAGCACUAUCUCUGUAGACUCUCUGUGCUGAGCUCUUCAGUAGGGUUUUGUUUCUCUCUCUAACUGAAAUCGGAACAUCCAUUUUUCUAACGUUGAUAGUCUUCUGAGAAUACGGAACGCGCGAGAAAUGGAGUCGUAUGCGAUACAUUUGGCCAUGGCGGCUCUGGUUGGGGCUUCGCUGGUGGCUGUGUCGGCCUACUAUAUGCACCGCAAAACCCUAAAUCAGCUUCUUGAGUUUGCGAAGACGGUGGAGAGGGAGAGAGAGGAAAACUCCGAUGGCGGUGACUCGCCGCAGCACAUGAAAAAGCGUAGAAGCCACGCUCGUCGCAAGGGCAGCGGCUAUUACCGGCGGAGCUCGGCGUCGUUGCCGGACGUGACGGCGAUCUCCGGCGGGAUUGACGGUGACGAUCAUAGGCGCAACGGCUUGCUUCCGGUUGAUGGUAUUCCGGCCGGGUUGCCGAGGCUGCACACGCUUCCAGAAGGGAAAUCUACUGAGCUUGCGAGUUCAGCUAAGAGAAAUGGUAAUCUUAUACGACCAACUUCUCCUAAGUCCCCAGUUGCAAGUGCCAGUGCCUUUGAGAGUGUAGAAGGAUCAGAUGAUGAAGAUAAUAUGACUGACAAUGCUAAACUAGGCACUGUGGGGCCAGAUGGUAAAAUCCAUUUUGAGAAUUUACCGAACCAUGUUAAUGCCAAUGGAGAGCAAAUUGCUAUAGCUCCUUCAAGUAUGAUUCGGUCCCAUAGUGUAUCUGGUGAUCUGCACGGCGUUCAGCCUGAUCCAAUUGCAGCUGAUAUUUUAAGGAAAGAGCCAGAACAAGAGACUUUUGCUAAACUUAAAAUUACUCCUACUGAAGUGCCGUCUACCGAUGAAGUGGAGGUCUAUGUGGUUCUUCAAGAAUGCCUCAAAUUGCGAAAAAGAUAUGUAUUCAGCGAGACAGUUGCUCCGUGGGAGAAAGAAAUUAUAUCUGACCCCAGUACCCCAAAGCCUAACCCAGCACCAUUUUUUUAUACUUCUGAGGGGAAGUCUGAUCAUUAUUUUGAAGUGCAAGAUGGGGUUGUUCAUGUGUAUCCUAAUAAAGAUUCAAGAGAAGAGCUUUUUCCUGUUGCUGAUGCAACAACCUUCUUCACUGACCUACAUCACAUACUUCGAGUUAUAGCAGCAGGGAAUAUCAGAACUUUAUGCCAUCAUCGACUGAAUCUUCUGGAACAAAAAUUCAAUCUUCAUUUAAUGCUUAAUGCGGAUAGGGAAUUUCUGGCUCAGAAAAGUGCUCCGCAUCGUGACUUUUAUAAUGUCAGAAAAGUUGAUACACAUGUUCAUCAUUCGGCAUGCAUGAACCAGAAACAUCUUUUGAGGUUUAUAAAAUCAAAGUUGAGGAAAGAGCCUGAUGAGGUUGUGAUAUUUCGAGAUGGAACCUAUUUGACCUUGAAAGAGGUUUUUGAGAGUUUGGAUUUGACUGGGUAUUUUAUUCUGCCAUUUUUUAUUUUAAAAAAAUAUACAUAUUCGAAUAUCUUAUUGUUAUCAUUUCUUGUUCAUGUAUUAAAAAAUAUUUAUUUUAAGCAGCAGGAAAUAAUCUCUCUUCACAUUUGUUUCAACAGGUACGACCUAAAUGUUGACCUUUUGGAUGUUCAUGCAGACAAGAGCACAUUUCAUCGUUUUGAUAAGUUUAAUCUCAAGUACAACCCCUGUGGUCAAAGUAGGCUUCGUGAGAUUUUCCUUAAGCAGGAUAAUCUUAUUCAAGGUCGUUUCCUUGCUGAGCUGACCAAGCAAGUGUUUUCUGAUCUGUCCGCCAGUAAAUAUCAGAUGGCUGAGUACAGAGUAUCAAUAUAUGGUAGGAAGCAAAGUGAGUGGGACCAAAUGGCUAGUUGGAUAGUGAACAAUGAAUUAUACAGUGAGAAUGUUGUUUGGUUGAUUCAGCUGCCACGGCUGUACAACAUAUACAAGGAAAUGGGAAUAGUAACAUCAUUUCAGAACAUUCUUGACAAUAUCUUUAUUCCACUAUUUGAGGUUACCAUAGAUCCAGAUUCUCAUCCACAACUGCAUGUUUUCCUGAAACAGGUUGUGGGGUUAGAUUUGGUGGAUGACGAAAGCAAACCUGAAAGACGCCCCACAAAACACAUGCCAACACCAGCACAAUGGACCAAUGUAUUCAAUCCUGCAUUUUCAUACUACGUGUACUACUGUUAUGCUAAUCUCUACACAUUAAACAAGCUUCGUGAAUCAAAAGGCAUGACAACAAUCAAAUUUCGUCCACAUUCUGGGGAGGCUGGUGACAUUGACCACCUUGCUGCAACCUUUCUUACCGCAAAUAAUAUUGCACAUGGAAUCAAUUUGAGAAAAUCUCCCGUGCUUCAAUAUCUGUAUUAUUUAGCCCAGAUUGGCUUGGCUAUGUCACCCCUGAGCAACAAUUCAUUGUUUUUGGACUACCAUCGGAACCCUUUUCCUAUGUUUUUCUUACGAGGUCUUAAUGUUUCUCUUUCUACUGAUGAUCCUCUCCAAAUCCACUUAACAAAAGAACCUUUGGUGGAAGAAUAUAGCAUAGCUGCUUCUGUAUGGAAAUUGAGUUCAUGUGACCUAUGUGAAAUUGCCCGUAAUUCAGUCUACCAAUCUGGUUUUUCACACGCACUUAAGUCACACUGGAUUGGCAGAGAGUACUACAAGAGAGGGCCAGAUGGAAAUGACAUCCACAGAACAAACGUGCCUCAUAUCCGGGUGGAAUUUCGUGAAACGAUCUGGAGAGAAGAGAUGCAACAGGUUUAUCUCGGAAUGGCCAUGAUCCCUAAAGAAGUUGAGAGGUGAUGUCUAAAGGCAUGCGCAACUUUAAGCCAUACUUGAAGAGUAAUCUGAUAAGAGGUACGACUGGCUAGUGAUUCUUGUUUGAAGGUUAUGUUAUACAUUCCAGGAAGUGCCAGAAGCCAUAUGCAAGCAUGAGGCAAUGGUUGGGGGGGGGUCUAAGAAUGAGGUGGACAUGGUAACAUGCUCAAAGUCGAGAUUAAGAAGUGCGUCAUUUCAGAUUCAGAUAGAGUUAGUUGGAGUCGAGAAAUACAGACAAGAAAGAAGAAAUGCCACUGUAUACAUGGCGGCCUUAGUCAAAUAAGAAGUGGUUUU